GACAGAGGACUGGAGUAGAGGGACUGGGUAGGAAAUUUUACAACUAGCGCUAGCUUGUAGUUGGCUUUUGUUAUUACAUGCCGAAAAUGUGCCGGUGUGUUCGUUUUUAACAGUCUGACCAGCUAGCGAGCAAAACACUGGAAGACAGUAACUGUCAAAUCUGGCGGGUUUGGGACGGGGAUCCUGCUGGCGUGUUUAGCCAAAGGGGAGAGCUACAAUGCUGUGCUGGGGAAAUGCUUCCUACGGACAGUUAGGCUUGGGUGGGAUUGAUGAAGAGAUUGUGGUUGAACCACGAAAAUGUGAAUUCUUUCACGGGAAGAAAGUGUGUGAUGUGGGGUGUGGCCACAGACACACAGCCUUUCUGCUGGAGGAUGGAACAGUAUACACCUGUGGCUGCAAUGACCUAGGGCAGCUGGGACACGAGAAGUCCAGAAAGAAACCAGAACAGGUUGUGGCUCUGGAUGCACAGAUCAUCGUGGCAGUGUCAUGUGGAGAGUCCCACACGCUUGCCCUGAAUGACAAAGGACAGGUUUUCUCAUGGGGUCUGGGCUCAGAUGGACAGUUGGGCCUAAAUAACUUUGAAGAAUGUGUUCGUGUGCCUAGAAACAUCAAGAGUUUGUCAGAUGUACAAAUUGCUCAGGUAGCCUGUGGGCAUUGGCAUUCCCAUGCACUUUCAAGAGGAGGCCAGGUCUUCUCCUGGGGCCAGAAUCGAUAUGGACAGCUUGGGCUGGGAAUAAACGGACAGAGCAUUUCCACACCCCAAAUCAUUCAGUCUCUGCAGGGUAUUCCUUUUGCCCAGAUAUCAGCGGGUGGUGCUCACAGCUUUGCCCUCACUCUCUCAGGAGCCGUGUUUGGUUGGGGGCGGAACAAGUUUGGUCAGCUGGGUCUUAAUGACAGUAAUGAUCGUUCUUUCCCAGCCUUGCUGAAGUCCCUUAGAUCGCAGAGAGUGAUUUACAUCUCCUGUGGAGAAGAUCACACAGCAGCACUAACCAAGGAAGGAGGUGUGUUUACGUUUGGAGCAGGAGGAUACGGACAACUUGGACAUAACUCAACAAACCAUGAAAUCAACCCUAGGAAAGUGUUUGAGCUCAUGGGAAAUGUAGUCACGCAGAUUUCAUGUGGAAGGCAGCACACAUUGGCUUUCACGCCCUCCUCUGGAAAGAUGUACUCAUUUGGGCUUGGUGGUAACGGGCAGCUUGGUACUCGCUCCACCUGCAACAGAAAAAGCCCCGCCCCUGUCAAAGGUCCCUUCAUAGACUGCAAUGUUCCAACAGAUACAGACUCGGGGCACUGCUGUUGUGUCAAGAGGAUUUACGCUGGAGGAGACCAGAGCUUUGCUCACUAUAACACUGCCAAUACGCUCCAGGACACAGAUGAUGUGAGGAUACAAGAUUCCCACAGAAAGAUUUGCACCUUAAAAGAGAACAUCAUACAAAAAUGGUUGAAUCACUCACCACAACGACUCCCACAAGAAAUCUCCAAUGAGAUUGACCUCGUGUUCUCUUCAGCAAGCUGCCUCAAUGGAUCUUUUCUGUCAACGAGUCAUCCAGAUCACUACAGUACCAGCAGCAAAUGUUCAGGGGUGGAUAUGAACAUGGCUCGAAUCCUGUUUCACAGAGUGGUCCAACAAGAUCACCCUGAGAUGGCUCAGCAGAUUGCUGCCAGUCUGGAGAAGAACCUACUUCCCAGACUAAGUAACUCUCCUCCAGACAUUGAAGCGCUGAGACUCUACCUCACUCUUCCAGAAUGCCCUCUCUUCAGUGAACGACAUAAUUAUGUGACGAUCACCAUCCCAUUUGCCAAGUCACUCAUCAGCCUGAAAGAGGCUCCACUGAAGGUGCUAGGAAACUGGUGGUCUACGUUUGAGCCCAGAGUCUUCCAGCGGCUGGUGGAGUUGUACAAGGAAGUGGUGGUGUAUCUGCUUCAGAUGCACAAGGUGGGCAUUCCUUCAGUGGAACAGAGAAUUUUCACCUGUUUCCUGGACACGUCCCUUCGACUCCUGGAGAUCCUGCACACGGUGAGUGAGAGAGCGGGACACAUCAUUCAGUACGAUAAAUUCUACAUCCACGAGUUGGAUGACCUGAUAGACAUCAGAAAUGACUACGUCACAUGGAUUCAGAGGCAGAUGUAUCCAUUGGUGAGUCUGCUGUCCCACGAUUCACUUUGUUACAUUUGUCUAUGGUCAGGCGUCCGUAUGAACCAUUUGUUUAUGCCUCUGUAUCCUCAGGGUCAUGAUGGUGUGGUGACUCUGUGCAGGUAUCCCUUUGUAUUUGAUGCCCAAGCAAAGACCACACUGCUUCAGACUGAUGCUGUCAUACAGAUGCAGAUGGCAGUGGACCAGGCACAGAUGCAGAACUUCAGCUCCAUGUUCAUGCCAGCAGUGGAAUCAGUCAACCCGUGCCUCAUCCUCAUCGUUCGGAGGGAAAAUAUUGUCGGAGACACAAUGGAAGUCCUCAGGAAGUCAAAGAAUGUUGACUACAAGAAACCGCUCAAGGUGAUUUUCGUGGGAGAGGAGGCAGUCGAUGCAGGAGGCGUGAGAAAGGAGUUCUUUCUCCUGAUCAUGAAAGAGUUGCUGGACCCCAAAUAUGGGAUGUUUCGUUACUACGAGGAGUCCAGGCUCAUCUGGUUUUCAAACAAGACCUUUGAGGACAUUGACUUGUUCAACCUCAUCGGGGUCAUCUGUGGUCUGGCCAUCUACAAUCUCACAAUAGUGGAGCUCCACUUCCCUGUGGCCCUUUACAAGAAGCUUCUGAAGAGGAAGCCAACACUAGAUGACCUUAAAGAGCUAAUGCCAGAUGUGGGAAGGAGUCUGCAGCUGUUACUGGACUACACAGAAGAUGACCUUGAGGAAACCUUCUGCUUGAACUUCACAAUCACAGAGGAAAACUAUGGCGCCACAGAGGUCUUGGAACUAAUACCCAACGGUGAAGACAUCAAUGUCAACAAAUCAAACAGGCAGGAAUUUGUCAAUGCAUAUGUAGACUAUGUUUUCAACACAUCAGUGGCCCCGCUGUUUGAGUGCUUCUAUGCAGGCUUCCACAAGGUGUGUGGUGGAAAAGUUCUUGAGCUCUUCCAGCCAAAUGAACUGCAAUCCAUGGUCAUUGGCAACACCAACUAUGACUGGACGGAGCUCCAAAAGAGUACUGAAUACAAAGGGGAGUACUGGGCCGACCAUCCCACCAUCAAGCUCUUCUGGGAGGUGUUCCAUGAUCUUCCUCUAGAGAAGAAAAAACAGUUUCUAUUGUUCCUCACAGGAAGCGACCGCAUACCCAUCUUGGGCAUGAAAAGCUUGAAGCUGGUGAUCCAGCCCACCGGUGGAGGGGAGCAUUACUUACCAGUUGCCCACACCUGCUUCAACCUGCUGGACCUGCCCAAGUACACAAAUUUAGAAACACUCCGUGAGAAGCUUAUACAGGCCAUAGAUCACAAUCAAGGCUUUAAUCUUGCCUGAAAAUAAACAGAAAUGCCUCAAACUCUUGUGUUCAGGCGGUUGAUGACAGCCACAUUCCCAAGCGUUAAGUUUCACAGACUUGGAUCCUGCCGUAAGAAUUUAACACUGGGUGGAAAGAGGAGGCGGCCACACGACGCUAGAAACGACUAAGAGAUGGAUGUCUAGUCUCACUUUAAUCUUGACUUUGAUUUUCCUGCUUUUUUUCAUGCCAUCACAGUAUUUGAUGCCCAAUUACAAGUCAAUUUACAUUUGAUAUUGCUCUUGUAGAUAUGCUUUUAUUCAUGUUUGGAUAUGACAAGUAUGAUGAAGCAAACUAUUGGGAUAUAUAACACAGGGCAUGCAUACAGCAACAUAAACACCUGUAAAAUACAAUGAAAUGCAGUAGCAUUACCUUUCUGAAGCUUAUAGUGUGAUGUAACAGUGAGAUGUUUCUGUUUGUCUAUACUGGUGGAAAAUUUAUCAGAAACACCUCAAAAUAUAAUCCAAAUGUAAUGCAAACACAGUCCUCCAAAUGACCAGAUUUUAAAAUCAGAACCUCUGACAGGGUCUUAGUAAUAGGGUAACAUUUUAAGAUGCACCGUGGUAGUAGUUGCUGCACAGCUACUGCAAUGAAUUACACUAUAUCUUACAGGAGUUAAUGAUGAUGUAUCCACCCCCUGUGUAUUACAUGUUUGAACCCAGGCAACGUAAACUGGGAGUGAGUUUUCUUGGCUAUAAGCCUUAAACAAUCCACAAAUAAAAACAAAGUACAGUCACUGAAAUAAAUUUGAGUUAUUUUGGGGAUAAAAUACUGUCGUGUUUUAGGCUUUUUUAAAGUACUGUCUUCUGGAUCAUUGGUUGUUUGAUGGUUAUAAUUAUGUCUUGCAACACCUUUUCGAAUUAUGGCGAAAAGUAAUUUUAAAAAACUUUUUUUUGCAGAUCCAACGUAGUACAACUUAAACUAUGGCAAGAUGGCUCAAUUAAAAUGUUCAGAGGACUGUAGGACUGGGAUCACAAACAUACUAGAAUGAAUAGCUGUGAACAUGGAAGGGGCCCAUAGAGAAUACCAGUGCACAGGGUCCAGAAUUUAGCACUGCUCCCCUGGAUGUAUACUCUCCAGUUUAUAGGCCAGGUCACAGUUUUGCUCUAUUAAGGCAUGCAAACAUGAUCACUGAAAUUCAAGCAUUUACCAGGUGUUUCGUUUCAUUUUAUUUUAUGACGUACAGUAUCAAUGAGUGAAAUACCACUAAAGGUAGCUGGCUUUAGCUUUAAUAGUUUGUUUUAACCUUUAUCACAGCGUGAUGGAUGUUCAUCUGC